CGGAGCAUGGGGCGAAAUUCAUAGCCACCAUCGCGGCGAUGGUGAGACCUUCCGGCGCAACUGGGUCUUCAUUCUUCGCAUUUCGCACGAUAUAUUACAUUGUCGAGCACAGCGCGGGAAAAUUUGUGAUAGCAAACGAAAAACACGGGCGGGCACGUACGUUUUAGUUUCAGUACUUCGGAGCACAAGGCGAAUUUUUGCUUUAGUGGCGCAUUAUACAGCAGCUAGCGCCCGUGAAAUGAUUUCAAGCUUGAAAAACGGAAGAUAAUUAUGGGCCACUAAUUUUGCAUCGUUGUAAAAUUUAAUUUGUUUGCAAGCCGUCUCUCUUUCUCUUUCUCUGCUAUAAACUUGUAUUUUCAAUACCGAGGUCGGAUUACGUUAUUACUCGCCUGUGAAUUGACGCGUAUCGCGUAUCGCGGAGCUUUCUAAUUGGAGAUCAGUUAAAACCCGGAUUAACCCGGAUGGACCUUACAAAGUUGGUGCCGUAGUUGCAGCAGUCCGAGUGUUUCCAGCGCAAUUAGCGGUGCGGAAACCCGCAAGAUGAAUGUCAGCACGAGACCGCGGUAUCGUGUGGUAACGUCCAUCUACCAGCCAUUCGUCAUGUACAACGAUAGCAGCGGUACUUUCUACGGCUACUGCAUCGAUCUUCUGAACGCGAUAGCGGAAAUCUCGGGCUUCGACUAUGACAUACGGGAAUCGAAAGACUUUGGCCAUCUGACAAGAUCGGGCGAGUGGACCGGUAUGGUGAAGGACCUGAUAACGGAUGCGGCUGACAUCAGCGCGGCACCCUUAUGGAUAACGCAUUCUCGGCGGCAGGUAGUGGAUUAUACCGAGCCCUUCUACAAGGAAAACGGCAUCGCGAUCAUGAUGCGGAAGCCCAAGCAGGCCACCUUCUUCCUGUGGUUCCUCACGAUCCUCGAUUAUCAUGUCUGGCUGAACUUUGCUGCCGGCUUCCUCCUCACAUCAAUUUUGAUCUAUCUGUUCGAGCGUUGUUUACUCAUCAGCUACAAAAAUGCGCCUGAAAGGUACAGAGGCCAGUCAAAUUCGCGUUACGCAAAGCUCAGGGAAUGCUUCUGGUUCUGUUUGAUGUCGUUCACGUCUGAGAGCUGCGGCGAGCUACCCAAGAAUCUAGCCGGCAAAUUGGCGGCCGUUGUCUGGUGGCUCUUCGUGUUCGUCAUUGUGGCGGUGUAUAACGCGAAUCUCACUGUCUACCGGACCUUGUAUCGAUUGGAGCGUCACAUCGAAACGAUAGACGACCUCAGGAGGCAAAAUCAGGUGGAGUACUCGACCGUCUACAAUUCGUCAGCCCACAGGUACUUCAAGAAUCUGCGAGACAGCGAGAAGAUUCUGUCGAAUCUAUGGAAACAACUGAAUUUGGACGACAGCAUGUCGGAUUACGAGAAGAGCAAGCUGUCUGUAUGGGAGUAUCCGGUCGAGGAGAAGUACACGAAGAUAUACGAGGCGAUGAAGAAAACUGGCUUCUUCGCUAACAUACAGGAAGCCGUCGACAGCGUGCGGAAAGUGAAUCGCACUCGAGAAUUUGCUUAUGUAGGGGAAGCGAUGCUAAUCCGUUAUCUCGUAUUAACAAAUUGCGACUUGAAGCAAGUGGGUCGUGAAUUUGGCGAGAUGCCGUUCGCGUUUGCCGUUAAGAAGGGAUCGCCGCUGAAAAGCAAGCUUGACGACGCAAUUGCGCAAGCCAUGGUUCAAGGAAUAUCUUCGAAAUUGGAAAACAAGUGGUGGGACGAGAACCCAGCGAAAGCGCACUGUUCAAACAGUAACGAAAUUGACUCUGGAUUUACGUUUCGUGAUAUGGCGGCAAUAUUUUUACUCAUUCCCAUUGGCAUUUUUCUCACGAGUGUUAUAUUGUGCCUACAAUAUUACCGGUUUCAUCGUACAAAAUAGAGACGCAGUAUGAAAAAAUCGAUGGCUGUUUGUGAAAGCGGCAGGGAUAAAAGUGCCACGAAAAAUAACGGCUUUUCGUGAGUGAACAAUAUCAAAGCCGAAAAUUUAGUGUGCAACAGUAGCGGGGGAGGAUAUUUUCUCUUUAACGCGUUUCACGAGGAAAAAUUAUUUUUAUCGCACCUUUGAAAAUUUCGGGUUCGAGAAAAAGAGAGAAUUAAUUUGCAGCUUUGAAUUUGUAAAUGGAAAUGUAAAGUGUAAUUGCUUUUGUAAUAUCUAUCUGUUAUGUAAAAUUUCUGGCAUUAACGCGGAAAUAUUAUUGACUAAGCUAGAGAGAGAGAGAGUAAUAUAUUAUCCGGCAGCACCGCCAUAAGCGGUAUCUGCAUAUAUCUGAUGCCUUGAACACGGCACAAAUGGAGCUGGAUAUCAUUACAAGGCUUCGAGUUGAUUGUGCUUAAAUUACACAUUUCGAGAUUCUUAAUCCUGUUCGCUCGCACCGCCGCAGUGUGCAUGUAUGUCAAGGACGUAGUUUAGUUGCUAUCACAGAGUUAUGAAUUACUAGACCAGGGAAUGUAGCUUUCCACCAUUUUCAUAACCGAUUUACGUUCAUAAGAACCGCUGGUGAUUGUACCGAUGAUGCGAGUUUGCGUGUGAUACCGUCUAAAAAUAGCACUCAAUAGUAACGAGGUACCUCUACAACGAUCGAGUGGUCAUUAAAAUGCGCACAUGCAAUCCGAGUUUUUAAUACAUGUAAAUGCAGUAUUUGAACAAAAUGCACUGUAACGGAUUAUAAAUCACAGUCACGGGGAAGAUUCAUCCCGCUGAUCCUCGUACGAGCGCACGUGUCAGCGGAAGUGGAAUACAGUGUGUCGCGUAAUACUCGUCCUGUCCUAAGCAAAUAAAAACUGUUAUCUCUGC